AUGGGCGAAAAAGAUGGUGAGUUCUUGUUUUUUUGUUCUUUCAAAUUUAGAUGAAAAAAAAACACCGGUUGUAAAAUUUUCUUUUUUCUGGCGAUCAAAAUUCAUUUUAUUUUUUUCUUUCUUGCAAAAAAUUGAGAAGUCAUUGGUUUUUAAAAAAUUCAAUUCAUUUCCGUUCCUGGGGUUCUUGGCUUUUGAAAAACAAGAAAAAUAAGAGUUCAAAAAUUUUUCAAGUGAAAUCUUAUUUAUUCUAUUCAAUUCUUCUAUUUUUUUUUCUUUGAAACGAUUCGUGAUUUAUGAUUUCUUGUUAGGGAUUUUGUUGUGAGAAAAUGAAGAAAAAUAUUCCUAUUUCUUCAACCUGUGAAAAAUACGUUUCGUAUUUUUGUGAAAAAAAAACUGAUUUUUUCUGACAUGUUACUUUCAUGAUAAUUCGCUAUUUACUGAGUUUCAAAUUUGAAACUCGGUUUUUCAUAGUUACAAAUGUUCAAAAACAUUUUUUGAGCCUAAGACUUCCUUUUCUGAAAUUUUGAUUCAAGUUUAAUAAAUCCGCAAGUGCCAAUUUUUCGAAUCUAUUCUCUCUCGCUUUAAUAUCUGCAUACAUUUUCUAACUACAUUUUUUUUGAAAAUAUCAUUUCAAUAGUAUUUCAAAUUUUCUCACUGUUCCAAAAAAUCUUAUUGUUUCCAAUCAAAAAACAUUCAAAAUUUUUUUCUGAAUACGUGAAUAUCCCCAAAGAAUAGGAUUAAACCGAAAAAAACUGAUAUCUGACCACAAAAUAAAAUGUAUUCAUAAUUCCAAGUAUGCACAUUUUUUAGAAAUUUUAUCCGAGUGUUUGUUGUUUGUUAGGAUUUUUUUGAAUUUUAAUAGGAUGAUUUUUUUCAGAUAAAAAUACUACAAAAUUUCAAGGAAUUAUUUUGAACUUAUUUUGGGACAAAAUCUUCUUGACAUUUCCAGAAUGUUUGUGUCUUUUUCCAUUUUUUAAUACCUGCCUAAAUCAUCCAUCAUAUUUUUUCUAGUUUACAAAAAAGGUUAUUCGUCACAAUGACAAAUAGUUCUGAUUGAAUGGAAAGAAAAUUUGCCUAUUCAAGUAAACAUGCUGGAAAUUUAAUCAAUUGUGCUUAAAUUAAAUAAAACUUUUUCAUUUGAUUUGAUUUCAUUUAGCCUAAGUCCAAAAUAAAGAACUCUUUUUUUUUUGAUAGUGACCCUUUUGAACUUGAGUGAAUAAUUAUUUGAGUAGAAAUGUUCAGCUUCAACUUCAGUUUUCCAUCUAAAAAAUUCGUCCAAAGAUACUUUCUCGUCACAAAAUUCAAUUGUGUUCCCUAACUCGAAAUCCCCAAGGACCACCCAAUAUUUUUCACCUUUUUUUCUAACACUACUUACUUACUUACUUACUCCUCUCUAUUUUUUAGCUUCUUUUUGUAGUUCUUCUUUCUUUAAGAACAAUUUUUCACAUAUGGGCACUUUUUCUUCUUUUUUUUUCUUCAGGGGCCCUUCUUGCUGGGCUAAUAAUAAACCGCCUUUUUAUAUCAUCAUCAUCAUUUUUUGCCGCAGAUUUUUAUGUAGAUCUUUUUCUUCUUAUUCUUCCUAUUAUUUAUAAUUGGUUGGAAAACGUGCCGACGAGUAUUUUAGUGUUCUUUUUUUUGUUUUUUUUUUGCUCUGAUUUAUUCCUCAUUUCUCUUUCAUUCAUUUUUUCUUCCUUUUUUUUCUCAUCGAAUAAUUAUUCAAAUCUGUCCUCUUCUUUUUCUUCUUCCACAAGGUGUUUCCUUUUUGAGCCAAGAAAAGGGCGGGGUCAAAAGUUUCAUCCAGAAAAAAUAGUUUCCUUCAUUUUCCAAUUUUUUUCAGGUGCUAUGUGUAAGGAUGAAGUUGGAACAUUAUUCGAUUCAAAUGAUCCACGAUUUCAAGGAUUCAUUGCGACACUAGAGGAUUUUAAUAGGUUCGUUCGUUUUUGUUUGUAGAAAAAAUAACAAGAGAAAAUAUUCUUGGAAAACACGUGGGAGUUUGGAUAGAUGACGGAUAAUAUUUUUUUCUUGUCUGAAAAAUAAUAGGAAUAAUAAAUAAUAAACUGUUAAUUGAUACGAGGAAAUCGUAGAUAAACAAAGUAGUUCUUGGAUUUAUUAUUGAAAAUGUUGGAAAAGUUUUUGCAAGGCUUCUGACAUUUCUGCAAAAUAGAGAACAGUUUUGAUUCAGGGAUUUUUUUAAAAAAGACGUUUUUUUUUACACAGAAACAUACAGUAAUUCAGAGAAAUGUUUUGGCAUCGAAGAUUCUGAUUCCAAAAAAAACUACCUGAAAAAAUCUAGAAGUUUUGGAACUUUGAACAUUUAAAAUGUUUUUGCAGUUUUCAUAUUUAAGAGGAAGUUCAAUUAAAAAUUUAAAAAUAGUACUCGUUUUUUUAGAGUCCAAAAAGUUUCAUUAAAAAUCUACUAAACUGCAUGCAGGAAAAAAACAAUGAAAUCCAUUUUAAAAAGCAAUUUCAAAUUUCAACAGUUUCCAGAAAUAUUUUUCGGAUAAUUUAGUAUUAUGGUCUGGUUUUCAUCGUGUUUUGUUCCAUAAAUAUCUUGCAGAAUUUAAAAAUUAAGCUGAAAAUCUGAAAAUCCAAAUAAACUUUUAUUUCAUUCAUGUAUUCGAAUGAAACCAAAUUCCGAAUAUUCAAUCUCGAUCAAGAUUUUCCAAUCUACAGUAAUCUUUGUCCUGAAAUAGAAUUAUGUAGCCUUCUUCUAAAAAUGAACUUAUAACUACACUUCCUUGACUGACCACUUGAAAAACACAAAAAACAACAAAUCUUUUCUUCCUUUUCCUCUUAAAAAUCCAAUUCUAAAAAAAACCAAACUACAAGGAAGGGAAUUUAUUUUUACUCAAUCAACUUCCAGAAAAAAGGAAAAGCUCAUAAAUAUUCUGUAAUUUUCGUCAGCAUUUUUAAAGAUUCUAAUUAGCAUAAUUAGAAAGGAAAUAACUCAAAAUUAAUUUUUUUUCAGUGUUUACACAAUAUUCCAUCGAUACGCGUGUUUGGUGAUAUGUGUUUUGGGCGUAUUUUCAAAUAUCAUUCAUAUUUUGGUUUUAUCUCGACCGCGGAUGCGAAGAUGUGCGGUGAAUUGUGUUUUGGCGGCGAUUGCAAUGUGCGAUGUUGUUACGAUGUUUUCGUAUUCAAUAUAUUUGUUCAGAUUUCGAAUUUAUCAGGUAACUACCGAUUAUUCGAUAACCCAUUUAAAAUGUGUCCAAAAAUUCCCGAAAUUUUCUCUCUUCAGAGCGAAGAUGGUUAUUCUUACAUCUGGAUUGUAUUUCUGAAAUUCCACAUUGGAGCUUCGAUGACAUUACAUGCAAUAACUUUAUAUCUUGGAGCUGUUCUCGCAUUUAUUCGAUGGCAAGCUUUGGGAAAUAUUCAUAGCAAAUGGUUGCAACCAAAAAAUUCUUGGAAAUUAUUCGGGAUUGUUUCGAUAUCUAUGCUGAUUGCUUGCAGUCCCAUUAUUUUUGCUCAUGAUAUUUUUAGAAUGAAUCCUGGAGAUGGUAAGUCAAAGAUAUUUUAGGGACAAUCUGCGUUCUGAACCGAAUUCAUAAAUACUAUUUUUCAGCUGUCGAAACAACUACAGAAAUGCUUGGUAUUUUAAAAACCAAAAAUUCCACUCAAAUCCAACCCAAUAUAAUUCCAACACAAUAUAAAACAAUAAAUCAAAUCAAAUACACAUUGAACUUUUCAACUGAUUCUUGCGCAUUUUUCAAAUUCAAUUUAUGGAUGAUUGCAAUUGUAAUGAAAUCAAUUCCAUGUGCACUUUUACUUUGGUUCACAGUCGCAUUGGUUUAUAAACUUCGACAAACUGAUGAAAAAAGAAAUUAUUUGUAUUCAAAAAGUUUUCGAAAGCACAUCAAAAAAACAACAGUUCCUGAUAAAACUACUUAUAUGCUAAUUAUAAUGUUGGUUGUGUUUUUGGUAACUGAACUUCCUCAAGGUUUUAUGGCACUUUUGAAUGCGUUGUAUACUGUGGAAAUGAAUAUGUAUAUUUAUCAAAAUGUUGGAGAAUUGCUGGAUUUUAUGUCACUCGUUAAUUGCAGGUAACUAGAAAAACCAGGAUUUCAACAAAAAUUAGAGCAGAACGGUCGUUCACAAUUUCAAAAAAAAAUUAAAAAGUGGCUCAAAUCCUCUUCAAAAUGAAAAGUUAUCAAAACAAUCUGUGAACUUUUACAGCGUCGGAUUUGUACUAUAUUGCGUGAUGAGUUCCCGAUAUCGUCAAACUUUUGGUCACAUGUUAAUACGUGUUGAAUCGUGGUUACGAUAUCAUGGAGAACGUCGACGAAUUGCAAAAGAAAUGCAGAAGAAAUUACCACCACCAACUUUAGUCUAA